GGUAAAUUUGAAAAGAGCAAAACCACACAAGUGUCUGCAAAGGUUAUACAGACAACAGAAAAUAAUAUGAGAAAAUGGGUGCCAAAAACUUGGAAUUAAAAAAUGAAACAAAAUCUAAUUUGUAAGUGAAAUACAUUAAAGCAAUAACCACAGCCAAAUCAAGUUACAAACAAAAGGACUGUGACUCACAGUAUUAAAUCAUUCGUUAUCUUGAGGAAAUUGAGGUCAGUGAGAUCACCGGUGGUCUUUUAUUCAGCAGAAAGCAUUUUCACAAUCUACAUUCUUAAAGUUUGAAAACUUAAAAGUUUUAAUUUGCUCUCUGCUUGAUCUUAUUGCUGUAUAGGAAAACAGAAAACUUUGUUGCAUACAAAAAAAUGUUAAAGUAUAAGAAGAACAGCUGUUCAUAUCAUAGAGAUCACAAAGCCACUUGAGUUUCCUUUGUGCGUGUGAAACGAAAAGAUGUAGAUAAUGAGGUUACAGGCAAAGGAUGCAGUUCAGCUACUUUCCAUCAUAGACAUCACACAACAGACCAUUAGCUUAAAGCUACAUUAUUUAAAUGUAACUUGAUCUAUAAUCUACAGGUGACCGGACAAUGCAGACUAAAUGCAGAGUAUUCAUCACUGUGGAUUCGGUAUAAAUGCAUAAACAUUAUGCAGAUGGGGAAUAAUACAGGCAGUGAUUAUAUUAACGUCUUCAAAACGUCAUCUACAAACAAUACUGAACUCAACCUAGAGAAAUCUGAGCUCAUCUGAGCGAGGUUGUUUGUGCAACAUGACUGAUGAAAAUCCAAUGUAUGACUAUAACACUGAUUAUGAAGAUGAGAUGUGCAGUAAAGAAGAGGUGGUGAAGGUCGGAUCAGUUCUUAUACCGAUUUUUUUCACGCUAGUGGUUGUGCUGAGCUGCUUUGGUAACAUCUUGGUUCUCAUAAUCCUUGCGAUGUAUGAGAAAUUAAGAAAGUCGGCUAACAUCCUCAUCUUUAAUCUCGCGCUGUCAAACCUCCUCUUCACUUUUGGACUUCCAUUUUGGGCCUCCUACUACAUCCGAGGUUGGACAUUGGAAGAUGUCGGCUGCAAAGCGGUGAAGUUUUUGUUCUACGUUGGAUUUUAUAGCAGUGUGUUUUUCUUAACUCUUAUGACCGUUCAGCGUUACAUGGCUGUUGUUCAUCCUCUCUCUGAUUGGAAGAGAUGCAGGGGGUUUUCAGUCACCCCCAUCAUCGUAUGGAUCCUCAGUGGUGGAGCGGCCCUGCUCGGGUCACAUCGUAGCAAAGUUAUACAAGAGCAAAACAACAAAUAUUGCGAAUAUGACAGCGUUCAAGUGAAACUGCUCAUUAUUUAUCUUCAAAAUGCUUUUUUCUUCUGUGCAUUUCUCAUAAUGGGUUCUUGUUAUUUGAGAAUACAACAAACGAUGAUAAAACCUCAGACCAAAACGAAACACAAGACCGUUCGACUAAUAUUUUGUAUUUCGCUGGUGUUUUUUAUUGGUUGGGCUCCAUAUAACAUUGUUAUGUUUCUGAGAUCUUUAACAGAACUUGGUGUAUACCCAUUCACAGACUGUAACGUAAGCAUUAUUCUUGACUAUACAUUUUAUGCUUGCAGAUUGUUAGCGUUUUCGCACUGUUGCCUGAACCCGGCUUUUUAUAUUUUUGGAGAUGGAACGUUUCAGAAACAUUCAAGGGCAAUUCUGAAGAGUAUUUUUCGUAAAUAGAUAAAUAAUGUGCUCAAAUUCACGAGAGCCUUGAAUGGAAAAAUUAAAGGAGUGAAAUUUUGUGCCUCAGUGGACUUUGGUGCUACACAUUUAAAUAUAUUUAAACAUACACAUAAGCUAAUACAUAUGCAAUAUAAUAUAAUAUAUCUUACAUAGUACCUUCAUACUUUGGGUUAAUAUAUUCUUAGUUAGAUUUUCUUACAACUUGAUAUGAGGUUAUGCUCUUAAGAAUUUGUUUAAAACCUUAAGCUAAAUCAAUAAGAAUAGUUGCAAUGUCUGGAUGUUUUUGUAUGUCUAUUUAUAUACAGUUAAGAAAAGGAUAGGGCCAAGCACAGACACCUGUGGUACACCAUAAUUAGUUGAUGUGACUUUGACACAUCACCCCUGCAAUAUGCCCAGAAAGGAUAAGCAAUGAGGCAGAAAUCAAACAAGCAAUCGAUCAUUACUGUAAAAUAAACCACAUCAACUGUAG